AUGCACCUCCCACAAUGGCCAAAACCCAAACAAGCCGGAUGGAUUAUCAUUGUCGGCCGUGAAUUCAACGAUCAAAUUCUGAAUACCACUACCGUCGUCGGGUCGCAUUCGACACGUUCAACGGCUAAAUUGGAUAUCAGAAUUCCAGCGGCAAAAGGAAAACAUUCGCUUUCCGUUUACAUUCUCAGCGAUUGCUAUCUGGGAAUCGACCAAGAGUACACACUUCGACUGGAUGUUUCUUAA